UGCUGAGUUUCUAUUGGAAACAAUUGAAAACAUGCGCCGGCCUUGGGCGUAAAAGUUUUGGUGUGCACAACCCCUUAAUCCUGCGUUAGUUUGUGCCCCACUCACCACUACGUUCCUUCUGUUUAUACUAAAAUGUCAAUAUAUAAAAAAUAUUGUUGAGCCAAUUUAAUGAAACAUACAGGAAAAUAAAUUACCAAGUCUGCUUUUUGCUCAGACUGAUCUCACGGAAAGUUGUGUUAUAGUCAUGAAAAAUUUUUUGUCCGUUGCAUGAAAUUCAGCUUUAUUUCGUGCCUUGAGCAUGAAUGUCUUUUUCGUGUCACUAUUUCUAAAAAUAGUUUUCAUGUCCGUUGCACAACUUUUUUCGUUUCCUUUUAUGUAUUGUUUUCUCAUUGUUUUUUGGGUUUGAAUCACUUUCUGUUACAUUUUUAGACAUCCUAACCCAAACCCCAACUCUAACCAAACUUCAGGUGAGAAUAGUUUUAAAAGCAGAAGAAAAACAUGUAGAAACCAAUACAUAAAAUUACAUCCUAACCCAAACCCCAAAUCUAACCCCAAGCGACAAUGAUUUAAAAAAAAAAAAAAACAAUACAUAAAAUACACGAAAAAAGAAAGUCGUGCCACGGACACAAAAUUUUUUCUAGAAAUCGUGACACUAAGUGACACAAAAGACAAAAAAGCUGAAUUUCCUACCAUGGACACAAAUAAAUGAAUCUAAUUUUUCGUGACUAUAACACGACUUUCCGUGAGAUCAUGUUGUUUAAGCUAUAUUUAAGUUUGAAUUAAAGCUAUUAAACAUUUCUGUGUUAACAUUCUCAAACUCACAAGACACAAACUACAAUAACUGCAAAAUUGACAAUGUGGCUUAUGCUCUCAACCAAUUCACCAUCAUCAUCAUCACCACCACCACAUUUGAAGUACAGUAUCACCCAGUCCUAAUGCAUUUCAAACUUUUCUCUCUGAGCUAUUUUAUUUUUUCAGCAAUAGUAGAUUCUCACAGUUAUAUAAGGCCAGAGACUCUUCAAAGUCCCAAAGUGGAGAAAGAACCCUUCAUCACAGCUUCUUGACAUGUUUUUCAGAUCACAUUCACCUAGCAAGAAUUUCUUGCCCUUCAGUAACAUCAUGGAUGUUCUUUUCACAUCUUCCUUACCUGUUUUAUGCCACUAUAAUCUCACGGCUCUCUGUUACGACAACCAAACCCUAAACUCAACAUCCCAGACUUUGGUUAACCCGCCAGCUUUUGGGAUGUCCUACUUCACCAUGACGCUCGGUGCACUGUCAAACCUCACGGCACUGGGGAUCCUCGCACAUUCCUACACCCGUUUCAGGCGUCGGGCCAAAGCCCCGUUCCUAUUGCUGGCUUCGGGACUGCUUCUGAGUGACCUGGCGGGUCAUGUGAUCACAGGGGCCCUGGCACUACACCUCCAUCUAGGAAGAGUAAAGCAUCACGGGGCGGCAGUGCUCCUUAAGCCUUCACAGGGUUACUGUAAAUUGUUCGGUGCUUGCAUGGUGUUUUUUGGCCUGUGCCCUCUGCUGCUGGGAAGCGCGAUGGCCGUGGAGCGUUGCAUAGGCAUCACGCAACCUCUCUUGCACUCGACCGUGGUUACCAUUGUACGCAUCCGGCUCACCAUACUGCUGAUCAUCUCAUCGGCUCUCAGUUUAGGUGGACUCCCCCUGCUGAACGUGGGGGACUACAAACCUCAGUUCCCCGGUACCUGGUGCUUUUUACCAGUGUACGGUUCACUUUCCACAGCAGAUGCAAGCUUGGCUUUAGCUUUUUCCACUGUAGGCCUUUUAGCGUUGCUCAUCUCGGUUCUUUCUAAUAUAAUAAGUGGGUGGAAGUUGCUUCAGGCCAGGUUUAAGGACAAAUGUGUAAGGACAAGCACUGUUCGGAGACAAGGAUCCUUCUCCUCCUCAUCCCUGCAAUCCCUGGAUGUGGAAAUGAUGACACAGUUGGCGGUAAUAACCGUGGUCUCCUGUGUCUGCUGGAGUCCCUUUCUUAUUCACAUCCUUAUAUCCGUGAUCAUGUAUUAUGAGGGAAUCGCCAGACCGGAGCAUCAGGUCGAAAAAUUCCUUCUGCUCGCCCUGCGUUUGGCGAGCUGGAAUCAGAUUCUGGAUCCGUGGGUUUACAUCCUCCUGCGGCGCGCAGUUUUGCGCAGGAUUCUUCAGCUGCUGCACCCCGACAGAGUCGUUUUCACAGCGAGCAGCUUCUACAGAGACUCCAACAGAAAGCAAAUGAGUUUACACUGAUUACACACAAAGCUUUCUGAAGAAGAAGACAGAAAGCGUGAGAUUAAAAAUCAAAACUGUUGUUUGUUUCCAAAUGGAGAUCUGUUGCUAUACUGUUACGCAAAUGCUUUUUGCAUGAAAAUGUUUACAGAACUUUUCCGUUUCAAUGUUCAGUUCAAGACUACAAAUAUUUACACUAUAACCAUAGUUACCACCAAAAUACCAUAAUUACUAAAGUGAUUGGUACAACUUUAUAAAAGUCUAAAUAAAAAAAUGGGGCCAUCUCUGUCAUAAACAGCAACAACAAUAAUCAUCAUCA